AUGGCGGCACCAGGCGAUCAGCGCAUCGCUGUUCCCAUCGACGACCCCAAUGCAGACACUGAGUGGAACGACAUCCUGCGCAAACAUGGAGUCAUUCCCGAGAAGCCGCCCAGUCCAACCCCGAUGAUCGAGGAGGCCAUUAUCGAGGGGCGCAGGCUAGCACAUGAGAACCGGCUGGAAGGCAAGGACCUUGACGAGCUGGACGAGUUGGAGGACCUCGAGGACGAAGACUUCUUGAACCAGUACAAGCAAAAGAGGAUGGCGGAGCUCAACAACCUGCAAAAGAAGGCAAUCCACGGCAGUGUAUAUCCCAUUUCGAAACCCGACUACCAGCGCGAGGUCACCGAGGCCUCCAAAAACGGGCCUGUUUUCGUCAACCUCACAUCGUCUAUGGGCACGAACGUCGAGUCCAGAGUGCUCUCGGAGCUCUGGCGGCAGGCUGCUCGCGAGUACGGCGAUAUAAAGUUCUGCGAGAUCCGCGCCAACCAAGCGAUCGAGAACUACCCGGACCGAAACUGCCCGACGAUUCUGGUGUAUAAGAAUGGCGACAUCGCGAAGCAGGUGGUCACGCUGAUGACCAUCGGUGGCGUCCGAACAAACAUGCAGCAGAUCGACAACCUCCUGGUUGAGGUUGGUGCGGUGCCCGACUCGGAUAUGCGGGUCGUCAAAAGGAGGCAGGCCGCCGAGGACGCCGAGGAGGAGCGGCUGGCGGGGAAGAGCAUCAAGACUGGCACAGCCGGGAGAUCACGAGACGACGAAGAUGACGAUGACUGGGACUGA